CUAGCCGCGUUACGUAAUUAAGUUUGCCGGAAUGUUGCGUGCCUUUAAUGCCCGUCUUGGAUUGCGCUUAUAUUGUGUGAAAGCGGCCAAGAAAGAUGUCAAAAAGUACACAGAUACCAUUAACCUGCCCAAGACAAAGUUCCCCAAUCGGCUCAGUGCAGCCAAACGAGAGGAGCAAGAGCGACAAACAUUGAAUGAUCAAAUAGCUUCUGCCUAUGAGUACCAGGAGCGGCGUCAUUUGGCUGACGAGAAACCCACAUUUGUGCUACACGAUGGUCCACCUUAUGCCAAUGGCCAGUUGCAUAUGGGUCAUGCGGUGAACAAGAUUCUUAAAGAUAUAACACUGCGUCAGAGAGUUGCUCAUGGCCAAAAAGUGAAUUAUAUUCCUGGCUGGGAUUGUCAUGGCCUGCCCAUUGAACUAAAAGCCACCAAUGCGACUGACAGGGGUUCACAUACUGAUCCUUUGGAUAUACGACAAAAAUCGCGCAAAUUUGCCCUGGAGGCGGUUCAGUCGCAGAAGGAUGAGUUCCGUAGCUGGGGCAUAUUGGCCAAUUGGCAACGUGAUCAAAUCUAUAUGACGUUUCAGCCCGAAUUCAUAGCCAAUCAGCUGAAAAUGUUUUAUGAUCUCUACGAGCGUGGUCUUGUGUAUCGAGAUUUGAAGCCUGUCUAUUGGUCACCCUCGUCCAGAACAGCUCUUGCUGAGGCCGAACUGGAGUACGACGCCAAACACAUCAGCCCUUCUGUAUACCUGAGAUUCAAAUUGAAUCCCCAUGCCGGAUUUAAGUCAAUCUAUGCCUUAGUAUGGACCACCACACCUUGGACACUGCCCAGCAAUCAAGCAAUUUGUUUCAAUUCAUCGCUGGAGUAUGUUUUGAUCAAAUUGCCAGAUCGUAAUCCAAAUGAUCUAUAUUUGAUAGCUGCAGCUCUGGUAACGGACUUUAAGGCUGCUACUCAGCUUGAGUGUGAAAUUGUCCAUAAAUUUGAUGGCAGCUUAUUGAACCAGCUAAGCUAUCACCAUCCCAUUGACAUAGAGCAGACCCAGUUGCCAUUUUUCGAUGCCAAACAUGUGCAGGAUAACAAGGGUACGGGUCUAGUACACACUGCUCCGGCUCAUGGGCCCGAUGAUUUUCUAAUUUGCCUAUCCAAAAAGAUACCAGUCAAAUGCUUUGUGGAUGAGUCGGGCAUUUAUACCAAAGAAGCUCCAGACUUCCUCGUUGGACAAUCCGUUCUAGGUCAAGGCAAUUCGCUUGUGUUGCGGCACAUAGCCAAAGAUGUGGUUCAGGCCACACAAUUGGAACAUUCCUAUCCCAUUGAUUGGCGUACCAAAGAGCCCGUAAUAGUGCGUGCCAGUGAGCAAUGGUUUAUCAAUACGGAGAAAUUGAAAGGUCCAGCCGCUGCUGCCUUGGACCAGGUGGAAGUCUAUCCGAGAGUAAAUGCCGAGGCCAGUAAGAAAGCAUUGUUAAAUCAACUGCAGAAACGUCCUUACUGGUGUAUAUCACGCCAGCGAGCCUGGGGUGUCCCCAUACCGGUUCUCUAUCGCCGGGAUACUGGCAAAGUAAUAGUUAAUCGAGCACUUAUCGAUCAUUUGUGUGCCCGCUUAAUAAAUGAAGGCAAUAUGGACUUUUGGUGGUCAAAGACAUUGGAUGAUAAACUAUUAACCGCAGAGAUAGUUAAAGAUCUCAAUUGCGAUAUCGAUUUAAUAGUCAAGGGCAAGGAUAUAUUCGACAUUUGGUUCGAUUCUGGUAGCACUUGGUCUGCUGUAUUGCAAGGUGGACAGGUGGCUGAUCUUUAUUUGGAGGGAUAUGAUCAGUUCACUGGAUGGUUUCAAUCCUCCCUUCUAACCAGCAUAGCAGCACGUAAUACUGCACCCUACAAAGCUCUCUUCGUGCACGGUUUCACGGUGGAUGAGAAGGGUCAUAAAAUGUCAAAAUCCUUGGGUAAUGUUAUUUCACCCAAACAAAUUACAAAGAAAUAUGGCACCGAUGUCCUCCGCUGGUGGGUGGCUUCACAUGGCACACAAAAUAUGUCGAUAACUGUGAGUGAUAAAUUGCUCCAACAAUCUGCUGAUAAUCUCAGCAAAAUACGUGGAAUCCUACGCUACUUGAAUGGUGUAAUUGGUGAAAAACAAAAGUUAACUUCUCACCAGAAUGAUGAGAGCUAUUUAAACAAGUAUCUAUUAAGCAAUAUUCUGGACUUUGAUGCGGAGAUUGAGAAUUUGUACAAUAAUUACGAGUACAAUCGCGUGGUGGCCAGCAUUCAGAAUUUCAUUGCGAAUCAGGUAUCUGCCAUUUAUGUGCAUCUAAUCAAGGAUCGUUUAUAUUGUGGUCAUAGUCAGGAAUUAGCUGCUAUUCGGCAAACUCUAACUCAUUGCUAUCGACACUUGUGCAAGACGCUGUGGCCCAUUGUUCCCUUCUUGGUGGAGGAAAGUUGGCGUCAUUAUGAUCCAAAGAGCGAUGGCUUUCAUACGGAUUCCAUUUUAGCUGACCCCAAUUGGCGGAAUGCCAAAUCUCUGCAAAUUGUAAAUGCGGCAUUGGAUAUCAAACGUUUGCUUAAUCAGCAAUCAGGUGAUGUCAACACAUGGCUCCUGGACAUCACCAUACAGUGUGGGAAUCCAAAACAGUUUGAACUGCUCAGAGAGUUGCGAAAUUCGGAACUCUGCGAGAUUCUUCAAGUUGGGGCAGUCAGCCUGCAACAACCGAUGGAUGUGGAGCUGUGCCAGGAGGCCAAGGUUAAUCUAAAAAUUCUAAACUCAACGAUUUGUCCACGUUGCCGUCGUUAUAGCCUACAACCCAAUGAUCACGAGACUUGCUCCCGUUGCUCUCUUGUAUUAAAGGCCGUGGAAUCGUAAAAAAUAGUCUCUUUUAUUUGUUAAUUAUUAAGUAAUACAUAUUAUUAA